UUUGGUAGCGGUGGCUUUGUUUUCGUCGCAUGUUAGAUUCCUGAGUUGCUUGGCCUGCUAAAAGUAUUUGCUUAAUUUUUAAUAAACUGUAUAUUCUCAACUGAACAAUGAAGAUUUUAAGUGACGAGAGAACGAAAAGUGUCUUUGAAAAACUGGCAAAAUUCAUUGGAGGCAACAUCAAAUUGCUGAUUGACAGACCGGAUGGGAAGUAUUGCUUCAGAGAGCACAAGGACAGAGUUUAUUACAUGUCACAAGCCAUUCUGGACCUGGCCUUAUCAUGCAACAAAGAGCAACUAAUUUGUGCUGGGACGUGCUUCGGAAAGUUUACAAAAACAAACAAGUUCAGGUUGCACAUUACAGCACUAAACUAUUUAGCUCCAUACGCCCAGUAUAAAAUCUGGCUCAAGCCGAGUGCGGAACAGCAGUUUCUGUAUGGCCACCAUGUGCUCAAAUCGGGCAUGGGUAGGAUCACAGAAAACACUCCAAAAAAUCAGGGCGUAGUGAUUUUUUCUAUGAAUGACAUGCCACUGGGCUUUGGAACGUCAGCAAAGGCGACAGCAGACUGCAAGCACGCAGACCCCAUUGCAAUCGUGUGCUUUAACCAAGGAGACAUCGGUGAAUACAUUCGAAAUGAGGACACUUUGAUUUAAUUCUAAAACACGUAAUACAGCUGCUACUCAUAAGCCUGUGGGUACGUGGAGCCGUUAAUACUUCAACCACAAGACUUGAAAAAAGACGAAUAAUUGCACUACUAAAAAACGCAUUUCUGUCACGGCUCCACGUACCCACAAGCUAAAGUAUUGAAUGUUUAUGGAGACCCUUUCUUUCAGUACUAAUGUGGAAUAAAGUUAAUUUUCCGUAUAA